GGGGAUUCCUGCUUCUCUCGCAGCAUGUGACGUUCGUCCACGGUGCACAAGAUCUCCGGUGCGGGUUCCAUUCACUAACCGGCUACUCCAUAGUGGCGAGGCGCUGUUGCGGCUCGCUGACUAUAGAGUUGGAUCGCGAGGCUCGCCGGUUGUACCGUUUUGGCUCUUCCCUCUCAGUCCCGCAGCGUCGUCGCGGGUCCGCUUGAACUCUGUCUCUGUCGCUUCCCUCUCCAGCUUUUCUCCGGCUGUACAAACUUCGCGAUGUAAGUUGUAUGUCGUUUCCUCUUAUCCCUCACUCACUCAAACACACGGAGAAUUAUUUCCAUUCUCCGCGGGCUGAACGGAGUGAGCAAUGUGCUCGAGUGCGUCCCUCCCUCUUCAGCUCCACAUUUUCUCUCUCCUUCUUCCUCAUUCAUUUCUUUCGUUGUAUACAUGCCGGGAAUCGAUCGGGGCGGAUCGUUUGAAAUCGAAAGGGCGAAGCGAUCGGGCCGAUGUCAAAGACAUGAGCCCUUUUCGGUGCGAGCCGGCGUCGAAUCGUCGCAGCGUCCGAGCUCUCGAAGGCUCCAAGUACCGCGCUUUUUCACGGUUCAUACGCCUUUUUCCUCUCGUGCCUUUCGGCUCAUAGAUAUAGCAGCAUUUAUCUACCUGCCUGACGAUCUUUCCUCCUAAGUAUUCGUCUCCUUUCUCGCUCUCUCUCUCUCUCUCUCUCUCUCUCUCGCCCCCUGCUCGGUCUUUCCAUAUUUUAUUUACCUGCUGGUACCGCGGCGCGGAGCCGAGACGGGGGCAAAAAGAGCCGCGGCAAAGUAGAGGGAUCCGGAGACUCGUCGAGCUCAGACUCGUGGCGAAGCCGACGAAACUCGCGGUUACGUAUUUCUCUUCAGUUCUCUCUCGGCGCUCUCACUGCCGAGAUUCACGAGCGGAGUCUUCCGAUUUUUCACUUUUUCCUUAACUUUGCCUACUUCUGUGCAGUGCUUAUUCGCAUGCGUUGUUCGACAAGUUCGAAAUCGUGGAUUUUCGCAGGUCCGAAAUACGCUCUCCCCUUCCCCCCUCCCUCCCCCUGAAAUGUAAACGGAGAUUUUCGCGUCACGAUCUGCUUUUGUUUCUUACCGAUAUGACUCAAAAGCAAUGAGCCAUCGCUUCCUGCCAGUGCUCCAUGCAUAAUCGAGUGCUCCGAAGUGUCGCGUGCUCCCUGCUAAUCGAUAUCCGAGUGACGGAAAUAAUAAGAAAAAUCAUUUUUGAGCCUGGUCGAUCGAAAGAUCCCGAAGCAGACGCACUCUCUCCGUCGAUCUCACGUCCAUAAAGUAUACGUGACGAUGCACAUGUGAAUAUGUAUAUGUAGUAUUACAUCGAGUGUGGGAGAACGAGUUUUUCGACUGUGUGACCGUGAAGUGGUCGACGGGAUCUCUCUCGGGUUCUGUGACGACUUAAAAAAGUAUACGUAUAUGUAUAUGUGUAUGGAUAAAUGGACAUAUAUAUAAUAAUCUAUUGUAUACGUUGAUACGUACACGCAGGAGAGCCGAAGAUAGCUCUUCUGGCCCGAGGAUGUGUGACCGGCCUCCGUUGUGAAAGUGGUGCCGAUUGAAAUACUCCGAGGCUUCUUUUAUCUGUUUUCCUUUUUCGUUUUUUUCUUUUUUCGUUUCUUUCUGUGCACCGGUUUUUCCGUCUCUUUUUCGGGAUCCUCAUUUCGUUGAUUUUGUCGUUAACGCUGCCGUCGAACGAAGAAACAGGAUUCAGGAUGACCGUGGCUGGAAAGAGAUAUGUCGAUUGCACAGUUCUGGGUUCCGGUAGCGGAACAGCAGAAGCUGAGGAUUCGUCGUACGACAGUGACUACGAAGCCGAGGAUUCGAUCGGCUCGAGUAACGUCCACGCACAACUAGAGUCGCAGGUUUCCUCUUCGUCACAUUCCGACGUUUCUAGAACAGCGUCGGAUACGUUGGCAGCCGAGUUCGCUGAAUACGUGACCGUCCAAGGGCCCUCGCCGAUCCAGAACCCUGGAUACACGGCGAGGGUUGAAUUUGCCCUUAAGCUGGGCUACACGGAGCGUCUGGUGCAAGCGGCAUUGCACAAACUCGGGCCCGAUCCCGGCCAGAAUGAAUUGCUCGCCGAGCUCAUUAAGCUCGGCGCUAGUAGCUCCAAAUUGGCCGACACGCCGGACGAAUCCGAUGGAUUUUUUGAUAACGAUUUUACCAACGAUGAUCCAGGCCAUUCGUUCACUUCCAGCCCCGUUGCCCUUCGACCUGUCGUCAUCGACGGCAGCAACGUCGCCAUGAGCCACGGCAAUAAAGAAAUAUUUUCGUGUCGAGGCAUCAAAAUUUGUGUCGAAUGGUUUCGAUCCAGAGGACACAAAGAAAUUACGGUUUUUGUACCCAAAUGGAGAAAAGAAGCUUCCAGACCGGACAACCCAAUCGCCGAUCAAGAAAUACUCGGCGAAUUGGAGAGGGAUAGACUUCUCGUUUUCACACCGUCCAGACUCGUCGGAGGCAAGCGUAUGGUGUGUUACGACGACCGUUACAUCCUCCGAUUAGCAGCGGAGGUUGAUGGCAUCGUCGUCAGCAAUGACAAUUACAGGGAUCUAGCGCAAGAAACUCCGGAGUUCCGCAGGGUCGUGGAGGAACGAAUUCUCAUGUACAGCUUCGUAAAUGAUCGUUUUAUGCCACCUGAUGAUCCCUUGGGAAGGAGCGGACCGACACUCGAUAAUUUUUUGCGAAUAGGUCCACGGAGAACCGACCCAGCGCCACCGUGUCCCUAUGCCAAGAAAUGCACAUAUGGAAACAAAUGUAAAUUUCGUCAUCCGGAGCGUGGCCCUCACCCUCACAAAUCAGUGACCGAACGUCUCGUGGAGCACGCUCAGCGUCAUCUUCAAGCUCGUGGACCGAGCCUCAGUCUGCCGCUACCAUCGGCGACGUCCGCGACCAAUGUUCAUUCCCAGCACCAACCUCUUUGCAAAGCCAGGUCGGCAUUGCCAGGAAACAUCGUAAAAUCGUCUUCCUCGGUGCCGAAGAGCAGAUCCGUCGAAAAUGUUACCGCGGAUGUGACGAUAGUGUCAAAUAACAUUGUCUAUGGUCAGCAGAUGACGACGAGCCAAAAUGUACAAGGAUAUCCGUCGGCCGUAGGCUGGCCAGCUCCACGAGCCAACAACCCGGAUCCAGAACCGGCCAAUAUGCACAGAAAACUACAACGUCAAUUGACCCUCAAUCCAGCAUGUGAUCCGAGGUUGUAUCAGCUUCGAAGAUAUCAUCAACAGCCCCAACAACCACCUCAAUUAGCGACCAGUCAGCAGCAACAAGUUUUACCACAGCAGUCCAUCAUCAAUUCGUCACUUUCAAAUAUACAACACAGACCACUAGCGAGGCACGCCAGCAAUGAGACACCUUAUUCAAUUGGCAUGAAAUGGGAACGCCCUGAUCAUCCAAAUCACCAGCACGUAACACGCAUCGCAUCAGCUCCAGAUUCGUACCGGGGUUGGCCACCUCGAGGAACAAAUGUUACGGUACCAACGCGAGGUCAUCGUCUGGGCACUUCGGAUCCACAAUUGAAUUUAUUGCCAUCACCUCCUGGGGCUAGUAUACACGCUGCUUGGGGUGCGCAAGCACUGGAUGCACGUCGGCGUCUUCAUUAUCACCUCGCAAAUAUAUUUCCCGAAGAACAGGUUCAGGCUGCGAUGGCGUUAAACCCACACGAGACGGAUCCUCAACAAAUUUGUGCUGCGAUCCUCGGCAUGUUCCCUAAACCGUAGGAACGCGAAAAGAGAACUAUUUUGGGAAAGCGAUAAAAACGGAUAGAUUUUCGGAUGAAUUUUCAUCUGAAGAGCAUUUUUUUCACAAUAGAGAAAAAAGGUUGACUGAGAGGAGAUAAAUGAAAAAAAUAAUUAUGGAUAGUUACAUCUCAAAUGAGAAUUCACGAUGUUGAUCAUUCGAUAAAAGCGAAAAACUCUUCAAGAUGAUUUUCCAUCGGGAAGAGUUUUUCGUGAGGACGAGUAAUUAUAAUGAUUCUUCGAUCGGACUAAUACGGUCCUAUGUGAUACCGAAGAGUCAUCGGAUUUGUUAAGACACACUCUCCAUGAGAGUGACGAAUAUUAACUCGAGAAUUGCAUGAACGAUAUUUUUUCGGUUUCAUGUAAUAGAGAGUAGGCGAUUCCAAUCUCUCCACGCGAAAGCUUCCACUUUCAAUUGAUCGGCACUCCGUUUCCAUGAACUGAAAAUUCAGUGGAAUACUAUCGUUAUUACUUUUAUUAUAAGCGACAUGGGAAAAGUGAUUCAAUAUUGAUUCAAUAUCUUUGCAUUAGUUGACGUUUAUACGUCAACUACUUUUUUUCAUUUCGAUAACUCCCGAAUUCUAUAGUAACAAAGCACUUUUCUCUUGUACUGUAGAACGAUAUCGAAGUCGAUCCGAUUUAAAACUUUAGCCACGAUCAUUUCUAUUCAGGAAUGAUUUUUCAUAAAUUUUUUUUUUGCUCUCUGUAGAAAUUUUCGGUGGUGACGUUAUUGUUGUUGAGGUAUCAGAACUUUUUCCUCAAUUUUUUGGAGAACGAUUCAUUGAAAGCUUCGAGUUUAACUUUACACUUUGAAAAUAAUUAUUUGAUGUCGAAAAAAUUUGCAAUUCAACAAUGAUCCAAGUAAUUAUACAAUUUUCAAAACUUUAUCAGUGUUGAUUUUCAAUAACGAGAAAAAAUUUACAUUUUUUCGAUGUGAAUACUGGAAAUGAUGUAAUUGCAACCUCGAUUUCUUGAUAAUCGAAGAAUGCUAUAUUGUCUGUUAUAAAAAUGAGAAAGAAGGUCAGUGAUUGUUCAACUAGCAGUGUCUUUCGUAAAUUGUGUAUAUAUUGCUAUAAAUAGUAGAUAUAAAUAAAUUAAAGUUUGGAUGUCGGUGUAGAGAAAAAGAUUGCUCUCUUUGACGUACCACAAUAUCGUGGUCCAGUCGAAGUUUGUUGUCAAAUCUUACUAUCAAUAGAUUUCUGUUGCGUAUUUCGUUGUUUUCUCCCGGCUAGCUAAACUUGGGUUAGCAUCGAGCGAGAGUACAACUGCGUAUUCGAAACUAAUCCCUAAAUAUUUUUCGUUCAUUUUUGUAAUAAUUAUUUUAAUUAUUUGAAUAUGCACGUUCAUAAUGGUUUUGUAUUAUUAUCACAGCUGGCGACAGACCAGGGCAUUAUGAUAAAAAUUAAGUUUUAUUUUCUGUAUAAAAUGAUUGUUCUACAUACAGCACAGACGAACGUCAAAUUGUUUUUGUUCUAUUCUUAUUAUUUUAAAAACUCCUCCGAAUUACGUGUUACGAAGAACGGUGAAUCGAGGCGGAGAUGAAAUUUUAGUGACUCACAUUGAGUCCUCAAGGAGGCGUUUUCGCCAAUCCUUUUAUAAAAAAAAAAAAAAAAAAUAAGGAGAAUCCUUCUUCGAUAGUCUAAAAAAUGGCAUUUUUUAAAGAAUUAGUUUAAUUUUACUAAUGAGUCACGAGAAUUUGGUCUGAAUGAAAAUAGCCAGCAACAUGAUCGAAAAAUUUUCCAUUUGUCCGUCAUCUUUUUUUGGUGAUUUUCUAGUUUUGUAUUCAACGAAAAUGUUUUCAUAUGAUUUUUCAUACAGCCGCUCCUGUUGGAUGCACACAAACUCGCAAAAAUUCGUUAACGUGGAUGGAAGAUCACAUUCGGAAAAUCUAUAAAAUUGAUUGGGAAUAUUCUGCGGCUGUGAAUUACGAAUGCAUGUGACGAAAAAUGCAUGGACAUUGUUAUCUACAGUGAUCAUAUUACACCCUCUGAAUACGAGUAAAAAAAAUUUGCAGUUCUGAAAGGGGGAAAUUUAUCUUUAACGAAUUUCUAUGCAAAAUAAAAUUUCUGCUCUUCUUCCUGGCCCAAUUUCCAAAAUUAAGAAAUUUUGAAUUAAAAAAUAAACGUCCCCGAGUUGCGUAUUCGAUUCAAAAGUGUUCAAACAGCUAUUGAUUUUUUACAAAUUUAUCAAACACAUUGCACCGAAGUCAAGGAGUUAGUUUAAAUGAAAUCAAACGAUUUAUACACAGUGUGAUUGUGAUAACUUUGAGAAGCAUCAUUCUUCCAUGUUUACAGGUUCUAUAGAAAGUUGAUAGAUAUGUAUGAAUAUGCAUGUGCCAAACGACAAACAUUCAAAUGUGAGAAGGGACCGUUCUCGAAAACAUCAAGCUUGAAACAAUUUUUUUAUGAUCAGAUAUUUUUUCUAUCUAGAGAAUUUGAAAAAAUUUGAUAUAUCUAUUUGUAGUGUUUUGAAUAUUUAAAAGAUACAUGUCUGUAUACUCGGAAUGUAUGCCAAUACAAUACUGUGUAUUGUUGAAUUAUAGGAGUUACUUAGUAAAUUCAUAGUAACUUCUAAUAUUGUACGUUAUUUUUAACAAAAAAAAAAGUACGUUGAAUGAUUUUUAACAGUGCGAUGCCUCUGGAAUUUGAUGGAAAAUCAGAAACAUAAAGUAUAUAUAUAUAUAUAUCGUUGAGAAGCGAUAUAACUUAUUUUUUUUUAUCUAUCGAAUCUCUUUUACACAUGUGAAUUUACACUCACAAAUAAUUAUUUUACCGUCGUUCAUAUGCGACGCAGACCACAAAAUAUUAUUAUGUUAAUAGUACAUGGAAUAUUAUAUAUAUAAAUAUGAAUAUAUAAAUAUAUAUAGAAAAAAUUGUAUCAAUGUUAUUGCCAAUGGAUUGUGAAAUAAAUGUUUUUUUUUCUACUUA